AUGAGGCAAGCUUCAGUCGAGCGCAACACAGGCGAAACGCAGAUCAGCGUCAAGUUGGCGAUAGACACGGUCAUGAAUAAGCAGAAGCAGGUGAUAGAUGUGCACACUGGGAUUGGAUUCCUUGACCAUAUGUACAGUGCCCUAGCGAAACAUGGUGGCAUGUCACUCGAAAUGCAUUGCAAGGGUGAUCUAUGGAUAGACGAUCACCACACUGCGGAAGAUUCAGCGUUAGCGCUAGGCGAUGCAUUCAAGCAGGCAUUGGGCGAUAUAAAGGGCAUCAAACGUUAUGGUUAUGCUUACGCUCCCCUCGACGAAGCUCUGUCGAGAGCUGUACUCGAUAUCUCAGGAAGAAGCUUCUGCGUGGCGGAAUUGCACCUCAGGAGAGAGAAAAUAGGCGAUCUUAGCUGCGAGAUGAUUCCUCAUGUCUUUCAAUCUUUCGCUGAUGCUGCUAAUCUUACCCUUCACAUCGAUUGUGUUAGAGGUUUCAACGAUCAUCAUCGCUCUGAAUCGGCUUUCAAAGCUCUCGCUCUGGCCAUCAGAGAUGCUAUCAGCUACACAGGAUCAGGCGAGAUACCUUCAACCAAAGGUGUUUUAGCGGGCUAUUAG